GAGUAUCGAGGUUUUGUAAAACGGAAUCGUAAAUGUGUCACAGACAGUAGCGUAUGUCUGUGCAUAUUUAAUACCGUUACGGAAAUGAGAGUACUAAAUGGGAAAUUAUAUCUACUAACCAUAUAACAACGGAUACUUAUACAUAAAGAGUCUCUCCCUCACUGUGCCUAACAUACCAAUGGAUCUUUUUUCCGUUCAAUAGUCAAGUAUGAAAUGCCACAAUGCCCGACAAGAUCAUCUUAUGCCAUUUUAAAACUACGCGAGCUGAAAAAGCACACAGUUCAAUCAGUCCCAUUGUCAUUUAAACCUGAUUUUUCGGCAUUUCUGGAUGUGAUGGAUGAAGUAUUCUCUAAUUCAAAUUCCACAACUCUGAUACCGGCCUUCAAGGUUGUGGUAUGUGGUCUGAAGUUGUCCUGCAGAAUGAUAGAAAUCAUCUGAUUGGCGAAUUUUUGCCAUUCGUUCGCAUGAUUUCACAUCAUUUUUGAUAAGGGCCAAUCAAUUUCUAUCGUUCGUGUACCCAUUUGUCUAGCUUUUUUGUUUGUCGAUUUGAGCCAAAGAUUAUUCAUCCUAGUUCUUUAGAUAGGGAAGAAUCUCGCGAAUGGUUUUUAACGGAGCACAUUUUCUGUUGCGAUUCAACCGUGGAGCCAAUAUUCAGCAACUUGAAAAUUCUGAUACGAAAGUUGUACACCAUAAUUGUUUGCAAACUGAAAUUUGAUAUUAAAAGAAUGUAUGAUUGACCUUUCCAAAUAGAGCAAUUAAACCCAAAAGUAACGUUUAGAUCGCAAGCAUUAAAAAAAAAUGUGGAUUUCAUACUUGACUAUCUCGUAGAUCCAGGGUACGAAUUUAUAUUCUUUAUAUUAAUCAAUGCUUUUUUUUACAUUUAGUCGUUUCAAUUCAGCCCUUCCUCUCAGUAACCAAUUUUUCUAGUUGAUGGUAUAUUCAUAUGUUACACGUCAAAUUCGUUUUUUUUUUUCAAUUUAACAGAGAAAGGUCUUAAGAUAUAAAAGUAAAACAUGACAGCACACCAGCUUACCAAUAUAACCAUGGUCUACCACUUGUUGACGAAUGCAUGGUGCGUUAAGAACUAGGGGCACUAAUCUACAAGAGAAAUGUAGUAUAUCGGACCCAUGCAGGAGCUUCCCCGUAGAUCCUUGGGAACCGAGGCAAGAAUGUUUUUUCAUCUUCUGUUAAUUUGAUUUUCGUUGUACUUUUUUUAAUAGACCGUUUGUUCGAAAAUAAGCAAACAAAAUACUAGUCGAACAGAUUUCAUUACAAUAUGCUACGCGUGUAAGCGUGCCUGUUUUAGGCAUUGCCUAGUUGGAUUAUUUUGCCAGUAACAGUACCAAAAGCAGUAGUAGUCAUACUGAACAGUCCAUGUUUACCUUGCCGUAUCAAGCGUCAAAAAUGUACGAAUAAUAAUGAAUUGACACUAUCCAUAACCACACGUACAUUCAUACACAUACACACACACUCUCUCUCAUACACACAUACACGUUCACAAACACAACCACUGUAUAAACCACACGAUAGAUCACAAUCAACUUGGAGGAAAACCAAAAUUCCAUCGCGAGUAAAACGCUCGUAAGAUCCAUAAGGCAUCCGCUAUGUAAAAUAUCUCAAAAUCAAUUCCUCACUCUUUCUGUGGUUUUUCCAUGCAAUUCGUAGCAUCAACAUCUACAAGCGACGACAGCAUAGAAUAGACGUUUUUAGUGGAACGAACGGUAGCAACAUAAAGUCCUAACGUCAGAGGUCAAUACUAGCUGCAGCGUCCUCAAAUAGCAUAGCAUGCCGGAAACGAUCUGCUUUCGCCUUCUAGUUGUUAUAGCACUCCCUUCGUGCUAUCUUUUUCAUUAGAAAUGCGUACUCCGACACACAAGGAAGGCAAAUAAUUUGCACAGAACAUAAGUAAAUACAAAAUCAACCUACAAAGAAAGCUGUAGAAAAAAAAGAACAAACCGAAACACGACGUAGGAAACGAGACAGAGGAAACCCAACAGUAGGGGUUGAUGCGCGAAAGUAGAUCGCGACAAAUUAGAAAAACAUAGAGAGAAUAGUUGACAGAGAUGAACUCACGAAGCAGCUACAACACAGAAAACACACAACAGUAGUGAAAACACACGGAAAACAAACGUAAAACAAACAAACUAAAACCAAAAACAUGAAGCUAACAAAGUAACAACAAGUAGCGAAAAGGCAAGAAAAUUGUAUAUUUUUUAUACUCCUUAUAUGAGAAGUGUUUAUUGAUGAUGAUUGAUGGUCAAGUUGUACGUGUUGGCGAAAGGAGCAAAAAAAAUAUGGCGAUAAAGCAGACCACCGGCAACCUGCUGUCCUCUUGAAAAAAGAUGCUGUAGCCGAAUACUGUGUGCGUGUGUGGUUGCAUAAUGAGUACAAGCAAAGUAGGCCUCAUUGUAGCAUCGAUUGUUUGGAUCAAUCACAGAGCUCCUGGAUGGCACGAAUAGAGCUGACAGAUUUUCACCGAUUUCAUUUCCAUACAAACCCCUCCAACGUUUGAUUGUGCCAGACCGUGAUAGAAAUGAGGCAGCCAGAAACUACCACAACCUAAAUGGUUAAUGCAUUUAAUAGAGAUAAAGUAGGGUGGCUAGCGUCCGAUACUAAAACCACGAGAUCGUCUACAAACCGCGCUCAUCGUCAUUCGCGACAUACGACAGGGGAUAUGUUCGAUCACCGCAUGAUUAAACUUCGAUCUUUGCAUCCCGUAAGAAUGCACAGGAUAAGCAAUCCAUCGAACAUUCCUCCGCAUGUCGCCGCAUGUACCUUCAUUUCGGAAUCCAACUAGCAAAAUUAACCGAACUUCCCGACCAGAUAUAUUCUAAACUCAAACCAGUCCGUCGUCUUGUCGGUUCGAAUGUGAAUAGUGAAUACCGUUUUUUUUAAAUCAAUUGAACGCUUUUUAGCAUCUCUGUAACGAGAAGUGUUAAGCCCGCAACGAGCACGUCACUAGCGAAUUACAUUCUACGUUACCGUGAGGACGAAAAAAAUCACGCGAAGUGACAGGAUUCGGAUCGUCUCAUAAUAAUCGAAACCUAAAUGAAAAGGGCGCGAAAUUUGCCGCUUCUAUUCUUACCUCGGAUCCAUCCAUUAUCGUUCGUACAACUUCAUGAUGCGUAUUAGGAUAACAGCAGCAUCGUUGCUAUCGCAAGGAACAAAGAAAGAAGAGGCAUUUACAUGGAUUCUAUUGUGUUUCACAAUUCAGUACAGUACAUAGGUAUAUUAUGUAUCGCACACAUACAUACGUACGACGUACACAUUCAUCCCUUCUGAGAGCGUGAGAAGUGCGCUAAGGGAGGCCCACAGCACCACAAGGAACAGUUGUCAAAUGUGUUCGUUCUAGUUAUUUGUACAAACAAUGGUGCUUACCAGUGCGUACGGGCAGCAGAGUGUAACUGUGUGUGUAUGUGUGUAUACGUGUGUGUGUUAUUUUCUUAACGUCGCCGAUUAACGUGCGUGCUAACCAAUCUUCUGCAACCGCAACCUGUUCUAGUAAUCGCAUCGGGCAUCGGUUGUCUUCAUUGUCCAUAUUUCAUCGGCAAAUAAUUUUGUAUCAUGCACCCGCUCAUACCACUGCAUAGCAUAACGAUGAAAAGCACCGGUCGGAAGGCAUGAAGCAUCAAUUACGACCAUUCGGUGUAAGCAUGCUUUUGUGGAAGACAGGAAAUCUGAUGUCACUACCGACCAUCAGGCGCCUAUCACAUGCUGGCUUUCAUCUAAUUAACAUCUCAGCAUCUAGCGAAACAGAUUUUCCUCGACCGGGUAGUCAAGCUGCAAAUCCUUAUAAUGAAUCGGUCAACUCACUAUAGAAAUUGUCAGCCGAAUGAUUACCAGACGGCAGAGUAAAUUCGUGGUGAAUAGGACGAUCGCAAUAGAACAAAGAUGCAAGAAAACAAAACAAAAACGGAAAACUGCAGAAAGCCAACCAUAGCAAUUGUUCCGAAAGGACAAAGCGAUCGAGAUGAUGAAGAGGAUCAUGUGGUGAUGUUGAGUUGAUUAGGUAUCGUGGUAAUGGAUAGCACCAAACGUAGCAGCAAAUCGUGCGCGCCAACCCCAUACCAUAAACCAUAAACCGGAAAGUGUAUAUGAUGAUGUUCUGAUUUAAAUGAAAUAUGAUUGAAACGAUCAAUAAAUGUAAAAGAAACGCA